GGCCCUAGGCGAUUCCGUUAGCGGCGGGAGGGAAAACCGUCCCCGGCGUCCCCGCCUCCGCUGCUAACGCUUUCCUCCCUACGCCCCCUGCGACCACCCUGCAGCCCGCUACGGAGGCCCCCGAAGUACAAACGUCUCCUAGGCCCCGUGCCCCACUCAGUAGCUGCGUCCCGUCCAACUCGCGGACCCUAAGGCCCUGCGCUCGCUUUUUCGUCUUUUCUAUUUUUAUUUUUAUUGUUUUGUCAGGAAUUCGCGCCGGUGAGUUCCCUAGGGCGGCAGAAACUUCACCCUCUUUACGGAAGUGAAAGUUGCCCCUUUUCAUCUCCCCCUCCCCCCGCUGCCGCCCAGGCCUCCUGCAUUCCUUCCCUCCCGCCUAGCCGGAGAGCGGCGGGCGGGGGAGGAGGAAGCCAGGGCGCCUGCGCGCAGAGGCCGCUUUCCAUCCGGGUCCCUGUCCGUGCGGUGCAGCAGGUCGGUAGGCGGGAAAUGGCGACUGGCUGAAGGAGCUGGUUCUGUUGCUGUUGAGGGAUAAGCGGGAAAGACAUCACCUAUUGCGCAGUCGGGACCAUCGCCGGAGCCUGAAGACACUUUUCUGUCGUCACAGUGAAGGUUUACAUGUGGCACCCCUAAAAGAUGAAGCUGAGAACACGGAAGGCUUCUCAGCAAUCCAGUCCAAUCCAAACACAGCGCACUGCCAGAGCAAAAAGGAAAUACUCAGAGGUUGAUGAUAGCUUACCUUCGGGAGGAGAAAAACCAUCAAAGAAUGAAACUGGCUUAUUGUCCUCAAUUAAAAAAUUCAUUAAAGGAAGCACGCCCAAGGAAGAGAGAGAAAAUCCUUCGAAACGGAGUAGAAUUGAACGUGAUAUAGAUAAUAAUUUGAUUUCAUCAACACCAAGAGCUGGAGAAAAGCCUAACAAGCAGUUGUCUCGAGUAAGACGGAAAAGUCCAGUCAAUGGAGAAGCUGGUAGUUAUGAAAUGACAAAUCAACAUAUAAAACAAAAUGGGAAAUUAGAAGAUAACCCUUCUGCAGGUAGCCCACCAAGGACUACAUUGCUGGGGACCAUAUUUUCUCCUGUCUUCAACUUUUUUUCACCAGCAAAUAAAAAUGGAACGUCAGGCUCGGAUUCCCCGGGACAGGCUGUGGAAGCUGAGGAGAUAGUAAAGCAACUUGACAUGGAACAGGUGGAUGAGAUCACUACCAGCACAACGUCAGCUAAUGGAGCAGCUUACUCAAGUCAAGCAGUUCAAGUGAGGCCGUCGAUAAAUAAUGGUUUAGAAGAAGCAGAAGAAACAGUUACCCGCGAUAUCCCACCUCUUACUGCACCAGUAACUCCAGAGAGUGGUUACUCGUCAGCCCAUGCAGAGGCCACCUAUGAGGAAGACUGGGAAGUUUUUGACCCCUAUUAUUUCAUCAAACAUGUUCCGCCUCUGACAGAAGAACAACUAAAUAGGAAACCUGCUCUUCCUUUGAAAACGAGAAGCACACCAGAGUUCUCCCUGGUCUUAGAUUUGGAUGAAACACUAGUGCACUGUAGUCUGAAUGAGCUAGAAGAUGCAGCACUUACUUUUCCAGUCCUUUUCCAAGAUGUCAUUUAUCAGGUUUAUGUGAGAUUAAGACCAUUCUUCAGGGAAUUCCUUGAACGAAUGUCUCAGAUGUAUGAGAUCAUUCUUUUUACUGCUUCUAAGAAGGUGUAUGCAGACAAGUUACUGAACAUACUAGACCCUAAAAAGCAACUGGUCAGGCAUCGGCUUUUCCGAGAACAUUGUGUUUGUGUACAAGGAAACUAUAUAAAGGACUUAAAUAUCCUUGGAAGAGAUCUUUCCAAAACUAUAAUAAUUGACAACUCACCACAAGCCUUUGCCUAUCAGCUUUCUAAUGGAAUUCCUAUAGAAAGCUGGUUUAUGGAUAAAAAUGACAAUGAACUCCUAAAAUUGAUUCCAUUUCUGGAGAAGCUUGUAGAAAUGAAUGAAGAUGUCCGGCCUCACAUCAGAGACAGAUUUCGCUUGCAUGAUUUGCUGCCCCCAGAUUAAGUUCAGAGACUUGUCAGAUCACUGAGGGGGGAGAGAGAAUGCAGGACCCUUUGGACUAAGACAAAAACAUUGCCAUUACUGUUGAAAUUUUGCAUUUUUGUACCCCGUCUUGCUUUUCUUAUCUUUGGUGCCCAAUAAUAAUCAAGGGUUACAGAAAGAGACUAUCUCAGAUUGAACACACACAGUGGGUAGGCAAAACAGAAGCGUCUGUAGAGCUAGUACAACUCCAGUGAAACUUUCUAUGUACAGGACAUCUGCAGUUUAUAAAGAAUUCUGUUUUCUGCCACCAGCAGUCUGACCUGUAGUACACAGGAUUUUAUGAUAAUAACAGAGGUGAAAGUGGACUUUCAUUUUCCCUCUGUUUGGUGCUCUCAGUGGGUUUGUAGCCACUUUUCUGUUACUUUACUAUUCUCAUUUCAACAGGAAUGGCCAGUAAAAGUUGUUUUAUUUUUCCUGUUCAGGUUUAUAACCUUUUUACACUUCUGACCUGUAUUAGAUUAGACUCUCAUGAUGCAUUCCUUUUAGUUGAGGCGCUUCAGUUUUCUGGAAAUAGUCAAUUUUUAGUUUUUGGGUGUAUAUAUAUAUAUGUAUAUAUAUAUACAUAUAUAUAUACACACACAUAUAUAUACACACAUUUGAAUGGCCGUUUUCCUGCUUUGUCUGCCUGCAUAUUGUAUAUUUGUUUAAAAAUAUUCUCUUUUAGUCCAUGUAAGUUUCAUUUUUAAAAAACAUGCAUUUAUAUUUUGUUCUGUAAUAUUCUACUGUAGGUAAAAUCUUCAAAAAUCAAGAGACUGGGUAGGUAAGAAUAUAUGAAUGACUAAUAUUCAAGCGAUUUGAACCAUUGUGAUGACAUGUAUUCCAGAUGGUAAUAUCUUGUAAUGGCACACAUGGAAUGGAUAAAGUUAUACCUCAGACUUCACUGUGCACACCAUUGAGGAGAAUGAGUUCAGUCUCCUGUCGGGCUUGAUUCAGUUACUGCUGCCUUUGGUUUUCUCCAGGAAUGAAGUAUUCAGCACAGUGACUCAGUAUUUGCUUUGCAUGGGCUGGUGGUCCCUCUGUUACACUCUCGGUUACAAUCAGUUUAAAACUCUGUGUAACAGGCUUGGCACCUAACAGUAGCUAUGCAUACCCGUGGCUCAGUACACUCCCAGCCACCCGUGCAGUUAGUCUGCUCACAGCGGUUUUCUGUGCUGUGUGGGAAUAGUCGUCACGCCUUGGUUCUCUAAUGCAGCUACCACAAGAGGUUGAUAUUUUUAUAGUGGCGUGUAAUCUCCUUUUCAGGGGCUUUUUAUGGAAGGUAGAAUUUGUAAGAGUUAGUAUGCUUUGCCUCUCAACUGCAUUGACAUGCCGCAGGCUCAGACUGUUUUUGUGUAAAGGAUGUCAAAGAACGGCACUUUUUCUAAAGAGAAGUUUGAUAUUUUGUAUGCUUGUUAAGAAAGUACAGUAUUGGAAAUUAAAGGUGGACAACUGAUAAUUGAGGAGUAUGUCAGUUAAUUUUUUAUGUAUAUUACCUGUUUACUUGUACAACUUCUUGUACAAAUUACAUGCAGCUUCAUUUUCAAAUGAAUCCUUAAAAUAAGGAAAUCUUUUUAGGAAAACAUUUAAUUUUUGUAUUUUUGAUUUUAAAGGCAUGAGUUGUCAGUUUUCAGUGUAUUAAUGAAGAUUUUAACUUUUCAUCAGGUUGAGUGUUUUCUUAUUAUUAUUAUCUGUUAUGUAUGUAGUUAGCAUAUUGUGUCACUGAACUGUUUAAAAAUCUAGCAUGUAGAGCAAGCCUGUUUUGUGGAAAAUCCUUAUUCAUUAAAAAAAAAUAAUCAUGGCAGAUUUUCUGCAAAAAAAAAAAGGAAAAGCAUUUGCAAUUCAGAAUACUGAUUUUUUUAUUUAAAAAAAAGGUAUUUUGCUUGCAGGAACAAUACUACAGAUUCAUUUUAAUGAGAAUCUUUUAAAUGUAUUUAUCUUUAGGGCACCUGGGCAUCUUUAUGCUGUUUGUCUUAUGUCUUUCUUGAAAUAAAAUGUACAUACGUUACCUUUACAUAUGCUCUUGCUCAAAAUUGUGAACCUAGUUAAUUUCUUCCUGACCCCCAUCAUUUUUAUGCUUCUUUAGCAAACCCCGAACCUACACAAGAUCUGAAUUUUUUGACAUGCAUAAUUGUUGAAAGCUUUCCUGACUAAGUGAAUACAGUCACAAAGCCCUUCCCACAACUUUAAGGGGAAAUGUAAACACUUACACACCAUUAUGCCUCUGGGCACUUUGAUAAUAAAAGCAGACCCGUGUGAGGAGGGUUCCUUUAAAGUCAGCUGAUAGAUGACUCAAGAAUGACAGAGAAAACACAUUGUGGGAAAGUUUAUAUGACCAAAUAAAUGGACAUUAUUUUUCCAUUACUUUAUUUGGGUAAUUCUAAAGUUAUUGAUACAAAGUUUAAAACAAAUUACAAAUAAUUUAGCCAGCUAUUUCCCUUCUCAGUAGAUUAUCUUCCAGUCAUAUUUUUCCGUUGUUGGUAGCUGUAGAACACUUCCAUUUAGUUACUCGGAGGUGUGUCGUUUUUUUAAUUGAGACGCACCCAACUGUCAGUGCACACAGCAAACAUGCCUGUAGUAAAUGUAGGGGCAGUGGAUCCAUGAGGCAUAGCAAGCUACCUGUGUACACAUUACAACUCUUAAGGACCUAUUAAAAUUGUGCUAUUUCCAGUUCUGAAUGUUUGACUUUAAGACAUUCUUUUAAAUAUUUGUAUCAUUGUUAGAGGAUGUUUUAAUUAGUUGUAUUUUUUAAUCCCAUGUAAUAUAUGUAGUCCUGACCAGAUUUACUACCAUUUGUCUGGGUCCUAAAAGAGAAUCGAUGACAAUUCGUAACCAGAAAUUGUUUUAUAUUUGCUAGUAUGUAUAUUUAUUUAUCCAAUGGCUUUAUUUGUUUCCCAAAAUUGUGUUGGGACUUGUUGAAAGCAUUGUGUGACUUCUAUAAAUGGCUAUUUUCUUGUAACUGUCAGUGAUAUGGAUGUGUACAUUGUUUUAUAUAUAUACAUAUAUAUAUUUCUGGGGGUAAUUUUUUUUAGGGUUGACAAUGUUUUUUUUGUUUUUUAAGUUACCUUUUGCCAAUGACUUUCUGCUAGCUUUUGCUUCAUUCAGCCUUCUAAUGGAGUUCAUUCUUAUUCUGUUGUCAACUUGGCUGUAAGAGAGACUUCAUCUCAUCAGUGAAGAAGGUGUUUCAUUAUUCCUACAAGUCUUACAGCAAGCACAGAUUCUUCAUAAGGAUCGGAUCUCUUCCAUGUCUGUGUCAGUCACAUAAAGGACACUGAAGCCUUCGUUUCCUUGUACUGAUAUGAAUGAUGGUGUUAUACACUACAUCACUAGCUAGUUAAGGUUUUGUGACCUGACCUCUUUGUCUUCCUAGGUAUUUAUUUGUUACCUCUUUAAAUCUUGUAUGUCUAAAUUAACUUAGAAUAGUUACCCACCGAAUAACUAUGCCAAGAACUAGGAAAGAAUGUUUAUUUUAUUUCCCCUUAUAGGGGAAAAGUGGACUGGGAACAAAAAUGUAAGGCCAAUAAAUAGGCCUUAGGUUGUCGUUCAUUCACUUUCUUAUUCCUCUCAUGGGCUGUAUUUGAAUUUUUUUUUCUUCAGUGCUAAUGUAUUUGAUUAUACCAUUGCUUUUCAUGUCUUCCCUUGAGUUGAGAACCUGCUAGGAAUUUGUAUGAAAUACCUUAAAAAGUUUUCAGAGUUAAAACUCAGUUCCUUAUAUUCAAAUCCUACUUAAAUUAUUGAAAUCCAGGUCACAUACAUUUUCUCAAAAUGUUUCUCUGUUAUCUUGAAUUGAGAUUUCAUUGUAAAUCAGUUUAGUCAACAAACGUGUUUUGAGAUCUUUUUAAAAAAGAAUUAAGGAAAUGAGAGCAAGUUUAUUCUAGUUUAUGGUUUAAUACUAUUGUUUUAAGAUACAUAGUGAUUCUCAAACCAGCAUGUUCAUCAGAAUUACUCUGAGGAGCUUUUUGAACUGCAAACACCUGAAGCCUGCACCUGGGAAGCCUUCUCAUUCUGUCAGGAGCACGGCUGGGAACAGUUCCGUUUUUAAGGUUCUCCUAAUGAUUUAAAUGGACAACUUUGGUGUGUCUCUGUUCUAAAUAGUGUGGUUUGAGAAUAGGCUACAAAAGUUCACCAGUCAUCUCUCUGUGGUAGGUUUUUCUUUUCCUUUUUCUUUUCUUUUUUUUCUUCUUUUCUUUCUUUUUAAGUCCUGGGACCAGAUUUCACAGAACUUAUUCAAGAUCCGAGGAGGAAUAAUGAAGAUUGAGGCUACUGCUCAUUAUUAUUUUUUGUCAUUCAUACUUUUUAAAGAGUUUGCAUUUAUAGAGCUCUGAAUAGCUGAUCAUUUACGUAGCUGAAGGACAUGUCCCUGAAUGAGACCAUUAUAUAUAGUAACUAAAAUAUUUCACUAUUUUUUUAUUUUAUAAAUCUUUGUAGAAAUGAGCAAUGAAAUGCUACUUUCAUCUUUUGAAAUGGGAUUUUUCAAGGUAGUGUCCUUUUGGCAUUAAGGUAGGGAGGAGUUAAUAUUCUCUCUACUUAUUUCCACAUGAAUCAAUAUGAAGUUAUGGACAUUUAAAAAUCUCAAUUUAAUUUCUACUUAUUUACUAUGCAGUAUAGCCGUGAACAAGUAAUGUAGAUUUAGUUUUCUCAUCUUCAAAUGCCCUGAUCACCCUACCUCACAGGGUUGUUGUGGGGAUAAAUAAAACUUUUAUGGAAGUA